GUGAGUUCCAAAGUUUGUACCCAGUAGCACAGAAAGGCCCGCUAAAACCCGUUAGUGGGGAUUGCGGGAAUCGCGGGGCAAAGAUAGCGCCUGACGGUGAAUCCAUACGGAGCUGGAACUUGCCAACUUUAGAAUAAUCACUACUUGCGCAAUUGCCAACUCCCACUAGUUUGUCACUUAUCUUUUGGGUAAUCUUCAUCGAGGGGCAGGUAUAUAAACCUACUAUAAACCGACUAUAACCCUAGAACCCUUCCUACUCUUACCUGCAAUUUCCGCCAAUCUUCUUGUUGCCUGCCUAACAUUAGUACCUGCCCCAUCCCUAUCCCUAUCAUCUACAUACAGCAGUAGCAAGGUAUACAUACGAUCCCUGGAAAAAUGGACUUUGGAUCUUACACCGAUGAAGAAUGGGCGGAGGUUUCCCAAGAUAUCCCUAAGGAGACCGACCCUUUUAUGCAAAAAUACAUACAAGGUCGGGAGGCUCUUAUAGUGCAAGAGGAUAAGAAACGCAGCGACGCAUCAUUCAAACAGAGCCUCUCCCCUAUUGCCAAACGCGCCUGUGAUAUCGUAGCGCGCAUCCGUGAUGAGGAGAAGAGAACGGUAUGGACACCGCAGCUCGAGGACUCGCUUGCUCAGGAGGCUGAAAUGACCGUUCAUCCGGGCAUGAUGUUUUCUCUAUCAAAAGAGAGGAUGGAGAGUACUAAGUUAUGGAGUAUCGUUCGGAAAAUGCCCAAAGGCGCGCUUCUACAUGCUCACAUGGAUGCUAUGGUCGACUUUGAGUAUUUGUUGGAUGUCCUUUUCGAAACGCCGGGGAUGCAUCUGUCCGCUGACCAGCCUCUUACAACGGCUGGGGCGAGGGAAGAAGCGAAGUUGAAUUUCCGCUUCUUUAAAGAACCGCGCACGGAUGGUAGUUUAUGGAGUCAAGAUUAUAAGGAAGGAACCCAUAUUCUCUUGACACAGGCUGCCGAUGCAUUUCCCGAAGGCGGUAAAGCCGGCUUCCUAAAGUGGCUAUACGGACGUUGCACCAUAUCUCGGACGGAUGCUGUCUCCCAGCAUCACGGUGUCGAUCACAUAUGGCAGAAGUUCUACAAGUGUUUCCGGGUCGUCAACUCUAUGAUACACUACGAACCUAUCUUCCGCAAAUUCUUGCAACGACUCAUUAGUCUGUUAAAGGCCGAUGGUAUCAAUUGGUGCGAAAUAAGGUUCUCGUGGGCGCUGGACUACUACGUACAGGACAGCGAAACCGUUGAGCAUGACUACAGUGCCAUGAUGACCGUCAUAGACGAGGAAGUUGCUCGGUUCCAGGCAACCGAGGAAGGGGAAGGAUUUUGGGGAGUACGCAUUAUCUGGUCUGCACUACGAUUCCUCCCUACGCGAGAUAUUGUGCAAAACAUGGAACAGUGCAUUAUGACCAAAAUCACGCAUCCGCAUUUGAUUGCUGGUUAUGAUCUAGUAGGUCAGGAAGAUGGCGGGCGGCCUUUGCGUGACCUACUCCCGGAACUUUUUUGGUUCCGCAAGCAAUGCGCUGAAGAGGCUGUUAAUAUCCCUUUCUUCUUUCACGCCGGGGAGUGUCUCGGGUCCGGCAGCGAUACGGACCACAACUUAUACGACGCCGUGCUCCUGGGUACGAGGCGUAUUGGCCACGGAUUUAGCCUAUACAAGCACCCGCUACUGAUCGAUCUCGUCAAAGAGAAAAAGAUUUUAGUGGAGAGUUGCCCUAUCUCUAAUGAGGUGCUCCGUCUCUGUGGCUCCGUCAUGAGCCAUCCUUUGCCCGCUCUCUUAGCAUGCGGUGUGGCGUGUUCCCUGAACAACGACGACCCUGCCAUGCUCGGUCAGGACACUGCAGGGUCGACGCACGAUUUCUGGCAGGCCUUGCAGGGCUGGGAAAACCUGGGGUUGGCGGGGCUAGGUAGCCUCGCCGAGAAUAGCAUCCGCUGGUCGACAUUCGAGGACCAGACAGCCGAAGAAUGGAGUAGAGACAUCAGGGAAGCAAGCACCGGAAGUGGGAUCAAGGCGCAGAGACUCAAGGAAUGGGAAAUUGAGUGGGAGAAGUUUUGUUUGUGGAUCGUUGACGAAUUCGGUGACGACUAAAGGGAAGAAAAAGAAAGAGGAAAAGGAAAAAAUAGAAGGAAGGGAGGUGUAAGCGUGAGGGGUCCUGUAGGUUGCCUGAAAAUAAUGGCGGAGGGGCGCACCACCCUACGCCGCCUUCUUGACGGGUCGAAGCCCACAUCCCCGUGAUAAUCUGCGAAGGGUCAUUCAACCGGCUACCCCGCGGUUCAACCCGGAGGAAUUUUUAAGGGGGGAGGAAACGACGUAGAAAAAAUUUUCUUCUUUCAAUUUAGGAAAUUGAGGCUCUGCGAUAAACGUAAACACUGGAUAGAAUGGGGUUCGAGAUCAAGCGGCCAUGCUGCCAUGGUACGGCACCACGACCCGCGACUCAAGGGUGUUACAGCGGCUUAUCUGCAUCUCUCGGUGGGCGCUAACGCACAUCAGCAUAGGGCAGGAUAUGUGCCCCAUGUUGUAUUCGAAAGACGCAAAAUGGCCUAUGGGGGCGUUUGGGGGGAAAGGGAAUUUUAAUUUAUUUAGGGCUUAUCCUAGGCAAUAACGGGAAGACCGGACGAGAAUCGAUAGAGCUAAGGCUGCAGGGACGAAAAUCAUGACCGAUUCUUGA